AUGCCACUCUUCUUCCGUAAGAAGAAACCCAGCGAUGAUGCUCGGAAGCGCCUUGAAUACCAAAUGUGCCUGGCAAAAGAAGCUGGUGCUGAUGACAUUCUUGACAUAUCCAAAUGUGAACUCUCAGAGGUUCCUUAUGGGGCCUUUGCAACUUGUAAAGUCUUGCAAAAAAAGGUGCUGAUUAUUCAUACGAAUAAUCUGACAUCUUUAGUUCCAAAGUCCUGCAGCCUUCUGAGUCUCGUAACCGUGAAGGUUCUAGACCUGCAUGACAACCAGCUGGCAUCGCUUCCUAAGCUGACAUCUCUUCAGGUCCUAAACCUUGAAAGGAAUCUUUUAAAAUGUCUUCCACAAUCUAUAGGAGACCUUGCCCAGCUCCAGAUGCUCAAUGUGAAAGGUAACAAGCUGAAGGAGCUGCCUGCCACUGUGAGCGGCUUUUUGGGCGGCUUGCGGAGUUUGCGCACUCUGGAUAUCAGUGGGAACAUGCUGCAGGAACUGCCGCGGGUGCUGGCUCACAUCCGCACGCUGGAGUCGCUGACCUUGGAUGCUUCUUCCAUGACCUACCCAUCACCUGAUAUUUGCAGUGCAGGUACAGAGUCCAUUCAGCAGUUCCUCUGCAAAGAGUGUGGAAUUGCAUACUACCCUCCCUCUCAGUAUCUGCUCCCCGCGCUGGAGAGUGAUGGAGAAGGAACAUCAGUGGACGGGGUGGACAGGGCAGUGCAUAAGUACUUGGAGGAGGAGAGCGAGUGGCAGAACAAAUUCUUGGAUUAUGAGAAGAGGAAGGAAAAAAAAAUGCAAGAGAAGCUGGAAUUUGAGCGGCGCCUGAACAUGGGGCAAAGAGAACAUGCUCUGCUUGUUCAGCAGAUCAACAGUCAGAAGGAUGAGAUACUGCAGACAGUGAGAGAGGACCAGAUGAGGCUGGAGGAGGGUCUGACGAAGCACCAACGCUAUUUGGAGGAGGAGCGCCUGAAGCUGCUGCAGCAGUUGAAGCAAGCGGAGCAAGGCAUUGCCAGCCGUAUCCAGAAGCUGCUAGAGGACAACCAGAGGCAAAACCAAAGUUCAGACAUUCUGAAAUCCUUGGAGAAUGAGAGAAUAAGGAUGGAACAGCUGAUGGCAAUAACGCAGGAGGAGUCGGAGCAUCUACGCAAAAGGGAAGUGGCCUCUGCCAUGCAACAAAUGCUGGCCGAGAGCUACAAGAACAAGCUCAUCCAAAUGACCUACGAGUCUCGUCGGCAAGACCUUGUCAACCAGGCCUGCUCCAGCCUAGCUGAGAUGGAUCAGAAGUUCCAGCAAAUCCUGGCUUGGCAACAGCUGGAUCAGAGCAAAGCUGUUAGUCAGAUCUUGCAGCAGAUUGAGAUGCAGAAAGCUGCCUUUGAAGCUCUCCAAGUGAAGAAGGAUCUUAUGCACAGGCAGAUCAGGAACCAGAUUAAAUUAAUAGAAACAGAGUUAUUGCAGUUGACACAGCUGGAGUUAAAGAGGCAAGAACUGGACACAGAGACGCUGCAGGGGGUGAUCACAGAGCAACGCCAAGCACUCGGCUACCUGCUGCAGCAGCUGCUCAAAGAAAAGAAGCAAAGGGAAGAAGAACUGCGACAAAUACUGCUGGAAAUGGAGGCAAAGAGCGAAACCAAACAGGAGAACUACUGGCUGAUCCAGUACCAGCGCCUGCUGAAACAGAAGCACAUAUCCCUUAAACUCACGGGCGAGGGCUUGGAGCAGCAGCUGGUGAACCUUUUAAUCGAGCUGUCGGCUGAACAGUACGUGCCAGUCUUUGCACACCAUCGAAUAUCCUUGCAAGCGCUUAGCACCAUGACUGCCAGUGACCUGGAAAAGAUCGGCGUGAUGGAGGCAGGUCUGCAGCGUGCCAUCCUCAAGCGAACUCAGGAGAUCCUGGCUGUGGCCAAGACAAUCCCAGAGCUGCUGAGGACGGUGGACAAUGAGGUCCCUGCAGCCCCAGCACCCAGCGCUCCCUUCGAGGAGCCUAUGAGCCCUGUGGUCCCGAUGGCUCCGCCACUGCAGUGGAAUGAGAAGAAGUCGGAGUGCGUUGUCUGCAUGGAGCAGGAGACCCAGAUGAUUUUCCUGCCCUGUGGCCAUGUCUGCUGCUGCCAGACCUGCUGUGAGCGGCUGCACACUUGUCCCCUGUGCCGCAAGGACAUCACACAGUGCAUCCGCAUCUUCCACAGCGGCUAG